AGUUAACAUAAAAUUGUUCUGAUGACGAGAUCAAAUUACAUACUGUUUUUAUAUUUCGCAAUCAUUGUACACAUCACAGACGGCGAACUAAGAAAGAAAAUUUUCGAGAAACAAAUGAACAUAAAUGUAAACACGUGCCUCCGCUCUAGGUUCAUUGUUCACCGUCAACAAUCUAUAUAGCAGUUAUUUACUUCGUAGGAAGUCUGUGUUAACUAAGAGUUCUAGGUAACAAUAGACAAAGUUUAUAAACACCUGGAACACUAUGGUAACUUGUUGUAUCAUUUGUAAUCAAGUUGUCAAAGGGUUAAGUCGAUCGAAUAGCAAAAUAUGAACAUGAAAACUUUUGUUGUAUUAUUGUUCUGCUGCAUUAUCACCAGUGCGUUGGCUCACGGACCUCCUCUGGACCGCGACAAUGAAGAUAUUGUUAUGGGCCGCAAGAUGGGUGCGAAAUGGUGCAGCAUGGCGAAAGUCUGCAACCACGACCGCGUGCCUGUGUGCGGAGUUAGCCACGCGGGUGACAUCAUGGGUUUCCGAGACCUCUGUGAUAUGUUUGACUUCAACUGCAUUAGGCGACGAAAUUACAAGCAGACGGCUUGUCCCGAAGAUAAAUCAAUACUCAGUGUCUCGCGCCGGCCCACCAACAGUUACUACGAUGAUUAA